GACGCGGGGUGGCGGAAGUCGGGAGAGCAGGGUCUUGGCGGAGGUUCCCGAGUCAGCUCCGGAUUUUUUCCAGUGGAAGUCUUGAAGUACAUUUCAUUAAAGAAAAAAAAAUGACUACUCUUCAAGGUUUAGAAACCAAAGUCACCCUUACUUCAACCCCAAUCCGAGGAGCAGGAGAUGGAAUGGAAACGGAAGAGCCACCUAAAUCUAUUGAAGUCACCUCUGGAGUCCAAUCCAUAAAGCAUCAUAUCCUUCAGAGUCCACGGAAGAAAGCAGUUCCCUCAGAGAGCCCAGGAGUUCUUCAGCUGGGAAAGAUUCUCUCUGAAAAAGCAGUAGAAGUCGAAGCUAUAAGAAUACUUGUUCCCAAAGCUGCUAUAACUCAUGAUAUCCCCAACAGAAGUGGAAAGCUUAAGUCUCUAGGAUAUCAUAGAGGAGAAUUUCAUGGUCAGCCAGAAGGAGUUAUAGAACCUAGAAAGGAACUCUCAGAGGUAAAGACUAUAUUGGAAAAGCUCAAGAACUCUGAACGGAGGUUACUACAAGACAAAGAAGGUCUUUCAAACCAGCUCCGAGUACAGACGGAGGUAAAUCGUGAGUUAAAAAAGUUGCUGGUGGCUUCUGUGGGGGAUGAUCUUCAGUAUCACUUUGAACGUCUAGCCCGUGAGAAGAAUCAGCUUAUUUUAGAAAAUGAAGCCCUAAGUCGAAACACAGCUCAACUCUCGGAACAGUUAGAACGUAUGUCCAUACAGUGUGAUGUGUGGCGUAGUAAAUUCCUCGCAAGCAGGGUAAUGGCAGAUGAACUAACCAGCUCCAGAGCAGUUUUACAGCGUCACAAUCGAGAUGCACAAAGUGCUAUACAAGAUCUCCUAAGUGAACGGGAGCAGUUUUGUCAAGAAAUGGUAGCUACCAAAAGGUUUUUGGAGGAGCUUUUGGUCUCCUUACAGUGGGGAAGAGAGCAGACUUACUCCCCCAGUGCACAACCCCAAAGCACAGCAGAACUUGCAUUAACAAAUCACAAGCUGGCAAAAGCAUUAAAUUCUCAUCUUCUGGGGAAUGUUGGCAUUAGCAGUCAACAAAAGAUACCAUCAGCAGUUGAAUUCUGCAGCUCCCCAGCUGAAAAAAUGGCUGAAAAGGUUCUUCGCAUUUUGGAUCCAGUUACCUGUACAGAAAGCUCACCUGAUAAUCCAUUUUCUGAGUCUUCACCAAACACAUUACUUGCUACUAAGAAAAAUAUUGGACGAUUUCAUCCCUAUACUAGAUAUGAAAAUGUAACUUUUAAUUGCUGUAAUCACUGCCAGGGAGAACUUAUUGUCCUUUAAUAUUCCAUACGUUGAAGUCAUGCUUAUUUCCAAAGUCAUUUUUAUUUGGGAGUUGGGGUUCUUAUAAUGCAAACUAAUGUCACUUCCUCUUUACAUAAUGUAUAUCUGCAAAGAGAUUUUAUGUUCCGGACUCCACAUUAUCCUUUCUAAAUAAAUAUCUCAGGGUAAGA